AUGGUUUCCUUCUCAUCGCUCAUCACCGCUGCUACGGCCGUCGCUGGCGCCCUCGCCGCUCCCGCCGAGGUGGCCAAGCGCUCCCCAGGAGAGCUCGCCGAACGCGCCGGCACGCCAUCGUCUACGGGCACCCACGAUGGCUUCUACUACUCAUGGUGGACUGAUGGCGGGUCAGACGUCACCUACACCAACGGGCCCGGUGGCCAGUACACGGUGAGGUGGAGCAGCGGCGGUAACUUUGUCGGCGGCAAGGGAUGGAACCCAGGGUCUGAUCGGACCAUCACCUACUCUGGUACUUACCAGCCGAACGGCAACUCAUACCUCGCCAUCUACGGCUGGACCACCAACCCGCUCAUCGAAUACUACAUCGUCGAGAACUUCGGGACUUAUGAUCCGUCCUCCCAAGCGACUAAGAAGGGCACUGUCUAUGCGGACGGCAGUAACUACCAGAUUGCGCAGUCGACCCGCGUCAAUCAACCGUCCAUUGAGGGCACCCGCACCUUCGAGCAGUUCUGGUCCGUUCGCCAACAGAAGCGAACCGGUGGCACCGUUACCACCAAGACGCACUUUGACGCGUGGGCUGCGCAGGGCAUGCGUCUUGGUACGCACAACUACCAGAUUGUUGCUACAGAGGGCUACUUCUCUUCAGGCUAUUCUCAGAUUACUGUUAGCCGAUGAGGGGAGGGGAGGGAAUUGGAUCCGCGAUAGGGCGCAUGGCUUGCUGUUGCUGUGACUUGACUUGUCUUUGCUAGUAUGGGAUAGUGAAUCGGCAUGUAGUAGCUUUGAAAUAAAAGUAAAAGGCCUCUAUGAGCACGAGACCGAGCAUGGGCCGAAUCGUGAUGUUCUUUCACUGUCAAGCUGAAGUUUGUAAGACAUCCGAGGAAGAAGUGACCUUGGCGAGUCGUCAGUCCAAC